UGGAUGAAGCGGAGCCAUUUACCACAGCAAUGUCAACCCUAUCCGCGGCUGGAGAAAUGCACAUUGCACGCUCCUUGUGUAUUUUCAUCGCAGCAUAGAAGAUAAAGGUUCGAGUACUACGGAGCAAUGGCACCGCCGACUGACGCGUCUUCAGCACAGCCUCACGGAUCCCAGGAAAAAAACGCACGUGGGAAUUUAAAGGAACAUUGAUUUUGCUGUAUUUUAAAGCAUCGCAUCAACCCCGCUCACGCUACCAAAACGUGAUUGAAGCUGAUUUAUCUGGUGAUGGUUUUCUAGAACAAACUGUUCCGUUUUGGCCAUCACAACGCAGACUGGAGAUCCAAUCCAUCACCGAUGCGUUAAUCGCAAGUCCGUCGCCGAGCUUGUUUUCUUGAUAUCAGAAUAAAAACAUCUGUGAUUCAUAGGAUCCAGCUGCACAAGCUCUAUAGUGUUCGAGCAUCCUUCCGCCAGUGUGCAUCAUCAUCACCCUCAUCAUCAUCAUCAUCAUCAUCGCGCCCUGCAGCUCCAUCGCAAGAGGGAGGAUCCGCAGAGGAAAUCUCCGGGCAACACCACGCAUUCAGAGGAUGCUUUGGAUGUAAAAUAAAUAACGAUGGGGAAAGAUCAUGAAUUACUUCAAGCGGUGAAGACGGAGGACCUGAUGACGGUGCAGAAGCUCCUGCAGAGGCCCAAACCUGGGAAAGCAAAGUUGCUGGGCUCUGCCAAGAGGGUGAACGUCAACUUUCAGGACACUGAUGGAUUCUCACCACUGCACCAUGCAGCUCUCAAUGGAAAUGUGGAGGUUAUAUCACUGCUGGUGGACUCUCAGGCCUUAGUUGACAUCAGGGACCAGAAAGGGAUGCGACCUCUGCAUUAUGCAGCAUGGCAGGGAAAGUCUGAACCCAUGAAGUUGCUGCUGAAGUCAGGUUCCUCUGUGAACGGUCAGUCUGAUGAGGGUCAGAUCCCCCUGCACCUGGCCGCUCAGCACGGACACUAUGACGUAUCUGAGAUGCUUCUGCAGCACCAGUCGAACCCCUGCAUAAUGGACAAUGCUGGGAAGACGCCAUUAGACUUGGCUUGUGAAUUCGGCCGUGUUGGGGUGGUCCAGCUGCUGCUGAGCAGUAACAUGUGUGCAGCUCUGUUGGAGCCCAAACCCGGAGACUCGACUGAUCCCAACGGCACCAGCCCACUGCAUCUCGCUGCCAAGAAUGGACACAUCGAUAUCAUCAGACUGCUGAUCCAGGCGGGCAUCGAUAUCAACAGGCAGACCAAAGCGGGCACUGCUCUCCAUGAGGCUGCACUGUGUGGGAAGACUGACGUAGUGCGCCUCCUGCUGGAUAGUGGCAUCAAUGCAGCAGUGAGAAACACAUUCAGCCAGACAGCGCUGGAUAUCGUCUAUCAGUUCACUGCUACACAGGCCAGCCGGGAAAUCAAGCAGAUGCUACGAGAUGCCUCAGCAGCCUUGCAGGUCAGGGCCCUGAAGGACUACUGCAACAAUUACGACCUGACAAGCCUCAACAUAAAGGCUGGAGACGUUAUCACGGUUCUGGAGCAACAUUCAGAUGGGAGGUGGAAGGGCUGCAUCCAUGAUAACCGCACAGGGAAUGACAGAGUGGGCUACUUCCCCUCCAGCAUAGUGGAGGUGAUCAGUAAGAGGCCUGGGGCUGUGGGUUCAUGGAGUACAGUCACUUGUACCCAACAGUAUCAAAAGAUACAGCUCUGUGCGCCGGUGUGCGGCCCCGUGUCGCCCGCCGUUGCCAUGGUGAAUGGGGACUCGUAUCAUGAGAUUCAUAUCCUGCCGCCUCCUCCACCUCCGCCACCACAUUCCCAUCUGCCACUUUUCACUUCCUUUGGCUAUAACAGGUCCCCCAACAACUCAGAAGAGCCACACAGUGGACAAGAGGCCAAGAAUGAUCAAGAUUUGGCUAGUUCUCGCGGCUCAGACUCCAGUCCACAUGGCUCACCCACCACAGCCGGUGGUCCCCAGGGUGGCGGCAGCAGCGAAGAGAUCUGGGUGCUGCGCAAGCCUGUGGCAGGUGGAGACCGCAGCAGUGUGGGCAGUUCAGGGAGUGUGGCCAGUGCCCGAUCCUCUGGUAGUGGACAGAGCGCAGGCAGCAGCAAUAUCCUUCACGCACAGGCAGAGGGAGUCAAGCUUUUGGCCACGGUUUUAUCACAGUCUGCCAAAGCUAAAGAACACCUGCUGGAGCAGACGAAGUCUUUGGAACACCCUUCUCAUGCUUCCAGCAACAAAGGAUCUUCCUCACGCAGUCAGAGUUUGUCAAGCUGUCCACUCCAUGAGCAGCCGUAUGGGGAGGCAGUGUCCCAGAGGAAAGGGGAGGCGCUGCCUGAGGGGAAGAGCUCAGAGGCUGUUAUCGAAUGGCUGAGUGAAUUUCAGCUGCAGGUCUACGCUCCAAACUUCAUCAGCGCCGGCUAUGACAUUCCUACAAUUAGCCGAAUGACCCCAGAGGAUUUAACAGCUAUUGGAGUAACCAAACCAGGACAUCGAAAGAAGAUAACCUCGGAGAUAAAUAAGCUCAGUGUUAAUGAGUGGCUGCCUGAUCAAAAACCGGCGAGUCUUGGAGAAUGGUUAUCCUUGAUUGGGUUGAGCCAAUAUCACCAAAUUUUAGUCAAAAAUGGCUACGAGAACAUUGACUUUAUCACUGACAUUACGUGGGAGGACCUUCAGGAGAUUGGCAUCACAAAACUUGGACACCAGAAGAAGCUUAUGCUUGCAGUGAAGAAGCUGGCUGAGAUCCAGAAGGCCACUGAUGGUCGUAACGCAUUGCGUAAAAAGCCCCCAGCCGCUCAGGAGGUGAUGGCAAUUGAAAGCCCACCCCAUGAUAGCAUAGAGUGUAUGUCUCCUAAAAUGAGCACCUUUCAGGACAGUGAACUGAGCGGGGAGUUACAGGCAGCUCUUAAACACCCUGCUGAUGUGCAGGACUGCACAGAGUUGAGAAACAACAGUGCUCCGGGAGCACAGCACCGAGCCCGCAGUCUGCAUGAGAACAGCAUGAAUAAGAGCCGAGACACAGAGGAGCCUAGCGGGCCACCCAGAAAGGAGGCACGUACAAUGCGCCAGAGCAGCCAAGGAGGCCAGAGAAGUGUCUCAUCGGCGCAGCCAAAACCACGUCAGUCUUAUCCCCAAGGUGCAGGACCACCCUAUACUCCACCACAAACACCCACCAAAAUGAAGCCUCCCGCCUCACAAACGAUGAGCAACCCACCAGGUAAACCAAAACCUAGUCCUCAGCUGCUCCAACAGACAGAGAAGCCCAUGACACCUCGUGCUCACCCCCAAUCCCCAACUCAAAUGUCCCAUCCACACCCAGCUGCCCAGCCUGUGGAAACCAUGGAAGCUGCACCCCAAGGAGCUGCUGUCUCAGUGCCACUCCUGUGCCUGCCACCAGAUGGCGACGAUGCUUGCGAUGAGUAUGGUCUGCCUAAGAAACGUGCCCACAGCCUGAAUCGAUAUGCUGUGUCUGAUGGCGAGCAGGAGCGCGAUGAACUGAAUGUGACAGAUUCAGGAGGAAAGUAUGCAACAGUACAGCACCGGGUGGGUCGCAGCAACUCAAUGAAAGGGCAGGCAGAAAAGAAUGUCAACCGAAGCCAGUCCUUUGCACUCAGGCAGAAAAAGAAAGGUCCUCCUCCACCUCCCCCUAAACGCUCUAGUUCGGCUAUCUCAAGCUCCAGCAGUAAUCUGGCUGAAGUACCCAAGGAGGCAAGCAGUGGACCUCUUUUGGAUGUUCCCUAUCAACCACAAAGACGUGCUAGUGACCUGGGUGGCACUGUAGACACAGGCAGUGCAGGAACUGUGAGGAGCAUUGCGGCCAUGUUGGAAAUGUCCUCUAUUGGUGGGGGUGCCAAGGGUCUUGCUUCACAGAAAUCUGCAGGUCACUAUCUGCAGGUGGGUUCUGCUGGAACAAAGCAGCGUGAUGCCAUUGGACUGGAUGGGGAAGUAGUGAACCGCCGCAGGACCAUUAGUGGGCCUGUCACUGAGUUGGUGGCAGCUGCUAAGCGAGGACCAGAGCCUGUCCAGGAUAGACAACGCACUGAACCACAAUCAAGCUCUAGUGGGAGUUCAGCAGAGAACCUUCCGUUUGCUGAGGAUGGAAACCUUACCAUCAAACAAAAACCUAGACAGGGAAAGGAUGAGGCUGAGGAGAGCCUAGAAAUGUCGUACUCUUUACCCCAGGAAGACCUUUCAUGUGUGGAUGCCACAGACUCACUGAAAAGGAGGGUCCAGAGCACCAAGCAGCAGCCAAAUGGCACCAAGUUCCUGCUCACAGAGUCAAAUACGGUUAAGCGCCGUCCCAAAAGCAAAGACAAAGAUGCAGAGGAUCAACAGGAUGGGCAGAUGCACGUACCAUACGAGAAUGGGACUGGGACCAUUAAAAGACGCCCUGUGUCAGAGGUGACCGUUUCAGAGCAGCCCCGGCCACAGGAACAUCCCGAGAACUCGCCCCGUCGGGACAGUCCAGACCUGGAAGGCCACACCACUGAGAGUACCCCUCGUAAAUCUGUCAAGCCUCCAGUGUCUCCCAAACCUGUUCUGGCCCAGCACAUAAAGAAACAAGGACCACCGGCUGCCAUCACCAAGAAAGCUCCAUUUCCUGGACCAACUGGGGCACCUGGCAGCCCAGGUACUACACAGUGCGGGCCUUUCACUUGCCCUGUCUUUACACAAUUAUUUGAAGGAAAGAAAGUACCUCCUCCGAUUUCACCAAAACCUACACCUCCUCCCACAGCUCCCAAACCAUCCAAAAAUGUUCUGCAGUCUUUAAACACGACGCCUAAUCCCACUCCCACACCAUCUCCAGCCAAGCAGACUAUCACCAGAAUGGCCAGUACAGCUUCUGCCCAGACCAACCCUGUCAAGGCUACAACCCCACUAGCUUUGAGCGCGCAGACCUCACACACACCACAGUCUCCUCACACCCCACACACACCUCAGUCUCCUCACACCCCACAGACACCUCAGACACCCCAAACCCCACAGACUCCACCAACCCCCACCCCUACACCCCCACCCGUGAAGCCCCCUCGCUCCUCAAUCAGUGGUGUAUCCAUGGACGGUUCAACUGGAUCAGCAUGUGUCGCAGGGGUAGUGACGGCAGAUGCAAUGCACCAGAAGAUAGAGGAGACCAGUGCCUCACUGGCUGCGGCCCUGCUGGCAGUAGAAGAGAAGAUCAAGGAGGAUGGGCAAAGAGACUCAAUGACUGAAAACAAGAGCACAGUGAGCAUCCUAGACGACAUCGGCAGCAUGUUCGAUGACCUGGCCGAUCAGCUGGAUGCCAUGCUGGAGUGAAGAGCACAGCAUGUGUCUCUGUGGCACAACCUCAGGACCCCUGGAGAGCACAAGGGCACAGUGACCAACAACAUACCCACCUACCCCUUUCCUUCAUCCCUUGCUCCUCUCUCCCCCUACUGUUCUCCUGCUCAUUCCCCAUUGUCAUGAAACACCUGUCUCUCCUCUCUCCCUCCGAGUUGGUUUUGCACAAACCCGAGUUGAUGUACCUCAGGACUGGGCAGAAGGCCAUGCAGGGCUUUAAACAUCAAAGACAGAGCAGAGGGUGGAGAGGCAGAGGUUGGGUUUUAAAGCUCAACUCUCUGUCCAUGGAAUAUCUCUAUCAACCAUGAGCAAUGAGUAGUAAAAUAAUAAUAUGAAAACAAUAAAUGUAUAUGAAAUAAUAGUAUGGUAUGUGUACAUUGUAAGCAUGAGGAAAGUUUGUAUCUAUAAAGAAAAAAAUCUCAUAGUGAGAGUCAUGCAUUAGUACAGUUAUAUAUAUAAAUAUAUAUAUAAAUAUAAAUAUUUUAUGUUUUUAUUCCAUGUUCAAUGGUACAUACAGUGUUGAAACAUUAAGAAAUCUAUAAAGUUUGAUGACAGAUAUGUGGAUUUUUCUAUGACUAUAAUGAAGUUUUAAAACAAAACAAAAAAUAAGUCUGGCUUAAACAUCUUGUAUGUUUGGCUGUGCUCUGCUGAAGAGUGUUGUGGGCUGUGUUGAAUGUAGUGACUGAAGUGGCUGUUUCACCCCCUGCUCUGUGCUUGCUCUGGGCUCCCGCUCUGUGCUGCUGCUGCUGCUGCUGUGACCCUUUAUGUUUCCAUAUACUUUUUCCCUGUGCGAACUCAUACAUUCCUGCUUCUUCCUUCACCCUCCCUAUUUUUCUUUGCCCUCAUCAUGUGCAGUGUCCUGUGUGCCUUAACGUGAGAGGUGACCUCAGUGCUGCUAACACACAAGCAAACAGGUUCAAGCUGAGAUAGGCCCGAUGAGAGGCAUUGCCUUGUGGGAAGGGUGCUCUGAUUUGGCGAGGCAUGGCCUCAUCCUUGGACAUCUCUAUGCUUUAGUCAUCUGCAGAAAGGGGAUACACAGUGUAGGCGGCCUUGAAGUCAAAGCCAUUUUACUUCCGUGAUGUAAUGCAUUUCUAGGCCUAAAUGCUACAAAAUAUACAAUGGUACUUGAUUCUGUUCUUUGGCAAUUUAAAGUAGGCACUGGAUACCAAAAUAGCUAUUUAGCUAUUUGUUAGCAUUAUGAAAUAGCCUGUGUGCCGAAAGUGAAUAUUAAGACAAAUUCAUUUUUCUUAGGAAUAAAGUGUCCAGGAUUGUGCAUUAAGAAAGUAAAUAGAGUCAUGUUGACUUUUACUACACCUGAGAAACACAGGCGAUGUACACGGAUCCAGUGAUGGUUUGGGUUUUUGGAAGGUGGGACAUCAGGAAGCACAAAGUGAGAAAGUUGCAAAUGUAUGUGUUUGUGAGUGGCAUAAAACGGCAAUCGAAAAGAAACAUGCAUGUAAGGUGUUAUCGACUGACAGUGUAGUGAACUAACAAGGAUUUUGCAAUUUCUGGAUUUUGCACCACUGGUCAGGUGUGUUUCCACUGGAAGCAUGCAUGCAUGCUGUCUAAUCUCAGAACAUUGCGCAGUGGCUGUUUAAGGGUGUGAAUGUACCAUGGUGUGCCUGCUUUGUAUUGAAUUCCCCCCAGUAUCAUCGAGACAGACAUUUCCUCAAUGACCAAAGUUAUAGCACUAGUCCAAGAUGCAAAUUAAGCUUGGGUACAUAACUUAUUCUGAAAAACAUAGCAGUAGGUUAAACAUAUUCACUGAGACUCACAUUAGGUGACUUUUACAGGGACAUAUUGAGGGUAGAAUGAGUGACGCUUUGACAGUUUGGUCUCUGUGGACAUGAGAUGUUAACAGAUGCCAUGUUCACUCAUUCAUGGUGAGGGCAGUUUGCUGUUAUGACAGCACCAAACCUAUUGGAAGCCUCUGAAUGUCAUUAUCUCAUUGCCAGCAAACUCAGUCUCUCAUUACUUAACCAUCUUUGUUGCCAUGACAAUCUGCCUGCUCAUUAUUAGAAUAGUCACAGCAUCAAAAUGAUCUUAAAUGCAAUUUAAGAAAGGGCCCAAAGGAAGGGGAACACAAGCAAGAAAAAUAGUUGUGUAGGUCCCACAAUGCUUUACACACUUUCAGUAGCGCCAUAUGCUUAAUCCCUUCCCUGGUUCUUAAAAAAAAAAGAGAGAAAAGAAUAUUUGUAAUAUUUAAGUUAUUAACAGAGAUUAUUAUAGAUGUUUUCAAAAAGUAUUUAACGAUGCAGCAUCAAGAGGGCUUGUUGAUGAAACUGCUAAUAUUUGAGACAAACGUGUCUUCUUGGCUCAAAGGGUUUUAAAUGAAUUGUAAAUGGUCAUUUUUUUAGAAGUCCAGUUUUCUUUUUUAAGGUAACUUUUUGUGACAUGUUUUUUGACUGCCAUGUCUUCAGAUGAAAUAAGUUGUAUAUUAUGCAAUGUUACAUUUUUUUUUUUUUAACAUGUAUGUGCCUUGCUUUAGUUCUUUUUAUUUAGUCUUUCAUGUUUGAACUAUGUGAUAUGUGGCCGGUCUCAGCUUUUGUCCACCAGAUGUUCAGAAUUAUAUCCCUCUUUGUUGUGGUCUGCUCCGUGGACAAAGUGCAGAUGUCUGGCAUGGGAAUGGCUUUUAUAAAAGCUUUAUCAUGCCUAUCGCUUCAAACGACUGGGUGUCGAUCCAGUGUUCAUUUAAUAGUUACAACCCUGUCCUCACUUCUUCUGUGUAUAUAGCUGGAUGUUUGUCACUGUGAAAUCAUCCUUUUUUUUUAACUUGAUUUCUCCACUUUAAAGUUCUCAUUUCUGUCAGUUUCUUAUCGUCAUGUUUGCUUCUUUUUUAAUACCAGAGAA